AUGGCGGCGGGCCUCGCGGCCACGGGGCGGCCGUUCCUGCUGGUGGUGCGCGACAACAACCGGGAGCUCCUCCCCGACGACUGCCUCGCGGCGGCGACCGGCGGCGACAGCAGGGGCAAGGUGGGUGCCUGGUGCGAUCAGGGGCGCGUGCUCUCGCACCGCGCCGUCGGGUGCUUUGUGACGCACUGUGGCUGGAACUCGACCACGGAGGCGCUCGCCUCCGGCGUGCCGGUCGUCGCGUACCCGGGCGUGGCCGACCAGCCUACCAACGCCACGUUCUUGGUGGACGUGUACGGUGUCGGGGUCCGGCUGCCCAGGCCAAUGGCGCGUGAUGCUCUGAGAUGCUGCGUCGAGGAGGUCCUGAGCGGGCCGGAGGCGGCGGCGAUGCGCGCGAGGGCCGGGGAAUGGAAGGCCGAGGCGAGCGCGGCGCAGGCCACCGGCGGCUCGUCGGACAAAGGCGUCCGAGGCUUUGUCGAUGCUGUACUGUCACUGGACGGAGCUGGUGAUGGCUAG